AUGGCAGCAGCUAGCGCUAGAGCCCUUGCUGCCGCGGUUUCAGCUCUGCUCGCGGCCGCUGUAUUACUCGCCUCCCCGUCGCCGGUCGCCGCGGAGGAGGGGUGCACGCAGCGGCCGGUUGUGUUCGCGUUCGGCGACUCCAACACAGACACGGGCGGCACCGCGGCGGCGCUUGGGAGCUACCUCCCGCUCCCGGAGGGCCGCACCCAUUUCCGCCGCUCCACCGGACGGCUCUGCGACGGCCGCCUCGUCAUCGACUACCUCUGUGAGAGCCUGAACAUGAGCUACCUCAGCCCGUACAUGGAGGCGCUGGGCUCCGACUUCGGCGACGGCGCCAACUUCGCCAUCGCCGGCUCGGGCACCCUGCCGCGUGACAGGCCCUUUGCUCUCCACGUCCAGGUGCAGCAGUUCACCCACUUCAAGCAGCGCUCCCUCCAGCUCAUCGCCCAUGGCGAGAAGGCACCGGUGGACGCGGAGGGUUUCCGGAACGCGCUGUACCUCAUCGACAUAGGGCAGAACGACCUCUCCGCCGCCUUCUCCAUCGGGCUGACCUACGAUCACGUGGUCCAUCACAGGAUCCCGUCCAUGCUAUAUGAGAUACAGGAUGCUAUCGUGACUCUGUUCUACGAUGGAGCCAAGAACUUCUGGGUCCAUGGCACCGGUCCGCUAGGCUGCCUGCCGCAGAAGCUCGCCGAGCUCAGGAACGACGCCGAUGGCGAUCUCGACGACAGCGGCUGCCUCAGAACGCUCAACAACGCUUCCCACGAGUUGAACAACCAGCUCAGCUCCGUCUGCCACAAGCUCACGUCGCAGCUCAAGGGCGCCACCAUCGUGUACACCGACGUCCUGUCCAUCAAGUACGACCUCAUCGCCAACCACAGCGGCUACGGGUUUGAGGAGCCGCUGAUGGCGUGCUGCGGCUACGGCGGGCCGCCUUACAACUACAACGUCAACGUGAGCUGCCUCGACCCCGGCUACCGGGUGUGCGAGGACGGCGCCAAGUUCGUCAGCUGGGACGGAGUGCACUACACCGACGCCGCGAACGCCGUCGUCGCGGCCAAGAUUCUCUCCGCGGAGUUCUCCACUCCCAGUGUGCCCUUCGGCUACUUCUGCAAGACAUGA